GCCACUACAGCGUGACGCUGCAGAGCGGCCGGGUCUUUCUCUGGCUGCAGCGCCUCGACGCUUCUCUCUCUCCCUCUGUGAUCAGUGGGUGAGAGGGGGGAGAAGGACAACACACAGACGGCGAAUGCAGCGUGCACCUCCGAGUCACCGUCUUGCCGGGUCAUCCGCUCUGUCGCCAGCAGCAUCGAUCCUGGAUCCCUUCGGUCGGGGGGGUUCAAAGCCGAGUCCCCAUCGCAUCGCUAUCUGCUUUGAUUCCCUUCCUCUCCUCCUGAAUGACGGGCGGAAGGUUUGACUUCGACGAUGGUGGCACUUACUGCGGGGGCUGGGAGGACGGGAAAGCCCACGGACACGGCAUCUGCACCGGACCCAAGGGCCAGGGCGAGUACGCCGGGUCCUGGUCGCACGGCUUCGAGAUAGUGGGGGUGUACACCUGGCCCAGCGGCAACACCUACCAGGGCUACUGGUCCCAGGGGAAGAGGCACGGGCUCGGCGUGGAGAAUAAGGGGAAGUGGACCUACCGCGGGGAGUGGAGUCACGGGUUUAAGGGUCGCUACGGGGUGCGACAGAGCCACAACACACCUGCCCGCUACGACGGCACUUGGAGUAACGGGCUCCAGGACGGCUACGGCAUCGAGACCUAUGGGGAUGGGGGUAAGACGCGCUGGUCUUGUUGGGAGACGCGACACCACGGUCUCAACGUGCACUACUAACCGUGUUUUGUGUGU